AACCACAAAACCCAGAGUCCAUCGGCUGCCAUGGCAUCAGGAUACGAUCAAUUUCUUACGAUUCGGUCAACAGACUAUCCGGUUGCGUCGAAGACAUGAACGAGGAUGUCCGAAAACUCUUCCUGUCUUCCGAGACAGAUCUUCGGAAGAACUCCGAUCUGCUGCACCUCGUCACAGAUUUCUUCAACAGCAACACCGAGCUAUCUCUUCUCUGCGAAUCUCUCAAGAAAUGCCUAGAAAAAGCUGAUCUUGGAGAAACCCUAGUUCGUGAAACUUUGUCCGGCUUCAAGGAGGAAAGAGGAGAGAAAGGGAUUCUCAGUAAAACUCUCCAGAAUAUCAGGAGUUUCAAAGAUUUCUCCAGCGACGACCCAUUCGCAGGAGAAUUCACCAAACUUUUCAAGAGCUGCCACGGCGAUCUCGUCAAGGUGAUCGGAAAACUGACCCAGACGACGAAGAAGCUCAACAGGAAACUCCGGAGAAUAAGCCUGCGCCGGAGAGUUUCGAUCACGCUGUUAAUCGCGGCCGUCGCCACCGUGGUCAUCUCCGCGGUCGUCAUCGGUGUAACAGUGGCUCCGCCGGUGUUUGCGGCGUUGGGUGCGGUCGUGUCGUUCGUGCCGAUGG